GCAUUGCUCUAUGCCUCUUCGCUCCCGCGGUCCCGCCCAAAGGACGCAGAUAAAUAAACGCCUCCAUCUUCCCGGUCCGCAAAUUCCAGUUCCAACUGAACAAGAAGCUUCUUCGUCAAGAUGAGCUCCGUUAUGGAUCCACAUGCAUUGAAGUCUGUAUCAGAUUUACCAGUUCCUUUUCGUUCAAUCUUCAAUUUCAGGUACUUCAACUCGCUGCAAAGUGAAUGCUUUUCUGCAUGUUUCCUAUCCGAUAUAAAUAUGAUUAUUUCAGCACCAACUGGAAGUGGAAAAACCGUUCUUUUUGAGCUAUGCAUUUUGAGAUUACUCUCUAGGUUCAUCUCUACAGAAGGAAGGUUUAUGCACAUAAAGGGAACCCUCAAAACGAUUUAUAUAGCACCAUCUAAGGCAUUGGUACAAGAGAAGCUUCGUGAUUGGAGCCAGAAACUUGGUUCGUUGGGCAUAAAUUGCCUAGAACUGACAGGUGACAAUGUAUAUUUCAAUAUCAGGAAUAUACAGGAAGCAGACAUCAUUCUAACCACUCCCGAGAAGUUCAAUGCGGUGACUCGUUACCGAAUCAAAGAUGGUGGUCUGAGCUUUUUCAGUGAUAUAGCCCUUGUGCUUAUUGAUGAAGUUCACUUGUUAAGUGAUCCACGUGGAUCUGCUUUGGAGGCAAUAGUCAGUAGAGUAAAAAUGCUUGCUCGUAACCCUGAAAUGAAAUCAAGUCCUCUGGCUCAAGUCCGUUUCCUUGCUGUUUCUGCCACUAUCCCAAAUAUUGCUGACCUUGCGGAAUGGCUUAUGGUUCCCAUCCAAGGAGUCAAAAGGUUUGGUGAAGAGAUGAGACCUGUAAAGUUGACUUUUAAGGUUUUUGGCUACCAACCAGCAAAAAAUGACUUUUUAUUUGAAAAACGGCUUCAGAAUUAUAUUUUUGAUGUUCUGAUGCAAUAUUCUAGAGGGAAAUCUGCCCUGGUCUUCUGCUCAACCAGAAAAGGAGCACAAGAAGCAGCCCAGCGGCUCUCUCAGAUUGCGAUGACUUUUGGUUACUCAAAUCCAUUCAUCAAAGACACGCACCAGCAGGAAAGGCUCAGGGAAGCUUCUCUACUUUGUAGUGAUAAACAAAUGCAGUCAUAUAUCCCCUUUGGCAUUGGUUACCACAAUGGUGGGCUUAGCCUGAAGGAUCGCAACCUCAUUGAAGGUCUUUUUCUUAAUGGUGAUCUUCAAGUUCUGUGCACUACGAAUACUCUGGCUCAUGGAAUCAACCUGCCAGCACAUACUGUAGUGAUUAAAUCGACACAGCAUUUCAACAAGGAAAAAGGAUUAUAUAUGGAAUAUGACCGAUCGAUGAUACUGCAGAUGAGUGGGAGAGCAGGCCGUCCACCUUUUGAUGAUACAGGAAUGGUUAUAAUAAUGACAAGAAGAGAAACGGUCCAUCUGUAUGAGAAUCUUCUGAGUGGAUGUGAAACGGUCGAAUCACAACUACUUUCAUGUGUGAUGGAGCACCUAACUGCAGAAAUAGUUCAACUUACCAUUUCAGAUAUAACACGGGCAAUAGAAUGGAUGAAAUGUUCCUACUUAUAUGUCAGAAUGAAGAAGAACCCAGAAAAUUAUGCACUGAAGAAAGGGACUCCAAGAAACCUUGUAGAAAAGCAUAUCCAAGAUAUUUGUGUUCAGAAUGUCAAUGAGCUAUCAAGAAAUCAAAUGGUCUGGACGGAUGACGAUGGUUUUCUGUUGAAGCCGCUAGAGCCUGGAAAACUUAUGACAAAGUACUAUUUGAGAUUCAACACAAUGAAAAACAUUAUGAAGUCUCCUGCAGACUGCAGUAUAGAAGAUGCUCUUCAUAUCAUUUGCCGAGCUGAAGAAAUUGCCUGGAUACAGCUAAGGCGCAAUGAAAAAAAGCUUUUAAAUGACAUAAACACAGACAAAGAUGGCCGGCUUCGUUUUCACAUCUUUGGAGAUAGAGGAAAAAGGAAAAAACGUAUCCAGACUAGAGAGGAGAAGAUAUUUAUUUUGGCAAAUGACUGCUUGACUGGAGAUCCUUUGCUGCAUGACUUAUCCAUGAACCAGGACAUGAAUGCUAUUAGUUCAAAUGGGUGUAGAAUUGCCAAGUGCAUGAAGGAGUUUUUUAUUUAUAGAAAGAAUUACAAAGGAGCUUUGAACUCGGCCCUUCUAGCCAAAUCCUUGUAUCAAAAAGUUUGGGAUGACAGCCCAUACUUGCUGAAACAAUUACCUGGCAUUGGAAUGGUGACUGCCAAGGCUCUGCAUUCCAUGGGAGUAAAGUCAUUUGAGACCCUUGCUGAAGCUGAUCCAAGGAAAAUAGAGAUGGUUACAAAUCGAAAAUACCCAUUUGGGAAUCACAUAAAGGAGUCAUUACUGUCACUACCCCCAAAAGUUGAGAUGAAGCUUGUGGAAACUGAAUGCCAAAGGCAAGGGAAGUCCAAGCUUGUAGUAACAUUGACUAGGAUGUCAGGAUUGGCUCAAGCGACCAAGCGGCAUUAUGCUGAUAUGUUUGUUGCUUUAGAGGAAGAUAACUUGAUGCUGUUCCAUGAAAAAAUAAGAGUGGAUGAAUUUUCAAGUCCUUAUAGUGCGAGUGUUCUGGUGUCAAACCCUCACCAAGACAAGCUGACAGUUAAAGCAGAUCUGAUUUUUGAAGAAAUAAUUGGCAUUGACCUCCACCAAAAGUAUGAACUUGUAGCGAGGAAGGAAUCUGACACCAAUGCUAUCCAUAAACAUGGAAUUAAGCAUCUCCCCUCUUUUCCUCAGUCCAAGGACGUAUGCAUUAUAGAAGAUGAUGACGAUUAUACAUUUUGUGCUCCAACUAAGGAGAUUGACAAUUCAAACAAAUCCAACCAAAGACGUGAUUGUAUGCCCACUUUCAACCUUCUAGAUGAGCCGGAUGAAGGGGAGCUUCGUCCUGAAUCUGAAGAGAGCACAUCCAAAAUCCUCACUGAAGAAACAAUAUUUGAGCACAUCCGCAAAAAAGCCAAGAACUUUCCGGCUGUCAACACCUUGAAAUCUGAAUCAUUUAUCAUGACAAAAGAACUCUAUGCCAGAAACCAGCUCGAGUCUAAAAAUGCUGCUUUUGACAUUCUGAAGCUGACGUUUUCAAAUCAAGAUCUUGUUGAUCUCGACACAGAACCACCCAUGGAGCUGAAAAAUGAAGCGUUAAUGAAGGCAGGGUCGCAGGUUAAACACAAUCUUCUUUUUGAAAGCUCCCGUGGCACAGUAGGAAGCAGCGAUCAAAUGGCUGCCAAUUUUCCAACUCUUGCUCAUCAAAUGGUAAGCAAUGGAUUCAGCUUCAAAGGCCGAGGAAGCUCCACGGAAAGCAGCAGGAAACAGCUAGAGUUUCCAAGUAGAUCUAGAAGACAGUGGAGUUCAGCUGCAACCACAAGUCAAAACAAGGAAGUGGAUUCCUUUCUUGGGUUCAAGAGUGUCUUUUCAUUUCUUUAAUCAUUCCGACAUCUCUUCAAGGGAGCUCAGAGAACGUUAUUGCAGGCUUGGAUUUUAAUCUGUUUCAACAGCUUGUCACCUGUACGUAAGAGGAUGGACUCUCUCUCGCUCUCAUGGCAUCAUAAAAACCAAAGCCAAGCUUAUUACAGCAUAUAUCCAAGCGUUUGUGGUUAAUAAUUCAUAUUCUGGUCGGAAUCAAAUGGUUCUUGGAAGCUUUGGGAUGUGACGUACAACAUGAAUCUUGCAAUACAACAUAUGCUUAUGUUCUACGUGCAAUAGCUACGGUGAGCUUGAAAAAUUAUUUGAAGGAUACACGACCUUAUGUAUCCUUAUGCCCAGUGCAGCAGUAAUUGCCUAAAUCUGUGCUAUAUAUUUAUGAUGAGUUAUUUAACCUAAAGUAAUUUAGCAGUUGGGAGUAAUAUCCCGAAUUUAUGAUUUAUUUAACCCAAAAUGCAGAAUCCAACAUUGUGGGCGCCGAAACUGAAAGGUCUUCCUUUUUAUUAUUUUAAAAUUUUGAUAAAUAAAAAGUUAUAAUUUAAAUUUAUAAAUUUUAUAAAAUAUUUACUCUUUUUUAUUUAUAUAUAUACCCUGCCUUGUACUUGUUCGGUAUCUCCAAUUUAACAUAAUGUUUUAAUAAACUAAUUUGAAAAGUUUUUGGGUUCUAAAAAUAUGUGUUAAAGCGGUCCAGAAUAACACGUUUUUCGAGUUGUGAACCACCAGCGACACCCCAACGGUCGUUGGCCACGGAACGUCAGGCGGCAUCAAACGUGUCCGACAUGCACCGUGCUCUCUUCGACUCUUCCUUCUCUCUCUAACAGGAAAAAAAAAAAAACGUUUUUCUAUAACCCUGAAAUCUCUAAGCACCCAUACCGCCUUUACUGAAUAACCCUAUUCGCGAAGCUUCUUCUGCGGGCUUGUCUCUCCCGAAAGCGCAGAAUGGCUGGUGGUGCAUAUGGUGGCCCCGGCCCGAGUGUGGUGAAGGAGGUCAUUUACGGGAUAACUCUUGGUCUGAUUGCCGGUGGCUUCUGGAAAAUGCACCACUGGAACUACCAGAGGAGGACCAGGGAAUUCUAUGAUUUGCUCGAGAAAGGUGAAAUCAGCACCGUGGUGGUGGUGGUGGAAGAAGAAGAAGAAGAGUAGGAAUAUGUAGGACGUGGAUACAUGCAAUGCCAGGUAAUCUACUGCUUGGCUGGACUUAGUAGCGGUGUUCUUUUGUCGAUCGAUGUUGGUACCGUCACCUCCUUUAGUGAUCUGUGUGUAAAGUGGCUUCGCCGCCGCCCCUUGAGCUACGAGUGCCACCGCCACCCCUUGGUGUAGCGUAUCUUGGCACUUUAAGCAACAAUGAAGUUUCCCUCUAAUAUUAUUCAUACUUGCUUCUAGGAAACUAUUUAAGACUUUAUGACUUUGAAAUCAAUGUUAUCUUGAACUUCUU